UAGUACAGAUAUUGUUGGUCGCAGCGACAGAUCCCAUUUCUACUGAUAGGGGGCAGUAAAGGACAGAUUAGCGCAUAGGAAGCAUUCAAUGAAUUAAGUCAAGUUACAGGAAGGCUCCUUAGACCGUCCCGUGUCAGGAAGAGGUGUGAGACCUGACAAUUGUUGCCUUCCGGGGCGGUCUGAUCUCCUUGCCGGACUUUCCCCGGAAUUCUGCUUUUCUACGCGACCCGACAUUCCCAGGUAAUGUUGGUGAAAGAAGGAAUCUCAGGAUGGUUCUCUGGUCGCUCAGCUUUUUAGGAUUGUCCGCAGUGAUGACUGCAGGAAUGGACCAGAACAAAUUACCCGCAGAACAUCCGGCCAAUAACAGGACGGCGCGGAGCCUUCCCUGUCCGCCAAAUGAAUAUUCCCACAAUGGACGAUGCUGCAUGCACUGCCCCGCCGGAACGUAUGUCUCCUCUCAUUGCACUGUACAGCACGGUCCGGGGUCAUGUUCCCCGUGUACCCCAGGGAAGGAUUUCGCUGCCGGACCCCAUGGACUGGAGCGGUGCCUGGCUUGUCACCCCUGUAGAUUUGAUGAUCAGGUCCAAGUCGCAGAUUGUACAGCCACUGAAGAUUAUCGGUGUCAGUGCAAACCGAACACCUUCUGCACCGAUACCUGCCACCUCUACUGCAAGGACUGUACCAGAUGUCCUGAAGGUCAAUACGAGAAGCACGAGUGUACACCGACCUCCGACACCGUGUGUGAAGAUAUCGGCUCCCUUCAACCUACCGCCAAGGGGGAUCUCGAUGAUUCUCUCUCUGUUGCAUUACCGGUUUCCAUCGGCCCUGCUGGGAUCACCAUUGCUUGUGUUGUCGCCCUCUUACUAUAUCGAAGUAAAAAAAAGAAAGAAAGACAGAAGCUAGCUGAAAAUGGAAAUGAAGAAUAUCAGAGGCCAGCUUCUGAAGACUCUCUGAAAACUGUCAGCAUUGUACCUGGUACGGCCCAGCCAGCUCAGGAGCGAGUGGACAACCUUGGAGCUGAAGAAGUAUACACACCUCUAGGACAGCAAGAGAACGAGAAUUUUAUUCAAGUUGGAAAAAGUAAUCAGCGUGAUGUGACGGGACGUGGCUGUGAGGAGGAAGCGCCAUUGACCACGGACCCUACUGAUAAACAGCAACCCAGUUUGGGGGCUUGUAGCUGUGUCAGUGAUAGAGCGUGCACACCUCUGGGACAGCAAGAGAACGAGAAUUUUAUUCAAGUUGGAAAAAGUAAUCAGCGUGAUGUGACGGGAUGUGGCUGUGAGGAGGAAGCGCCAUUGACCAUGGACCCUACUGAUGAAAAUAAACCCAGUUUGGGGGCUUGUAGCUGUGUCAGUGAUAGAAUCAAAUUCAAAAAUGACAAAACACUAACUGAUGAAGAAUGGCUUGAAUGCUACAACUGUCUUAAAGAACAUGUGACUCCGAACAGGUGGAAAGAAAUGAUGAGGCAUCUGGGGCUACGUGAAGGGGAUAUCCAGUCGAUCCUCCUAGAUUAUACGCACUUUCGAGAAGCUAGCUAUCAAAUGUUCCUCCUGUGGAGAAAUCAGAACGGUCAGAGCGCCUCAAUGAGCAAGGUGUUCCAUGUCCUGAACAAGAUGGACCUAAGGGGAUGUAAAGAAAAUGUUGCUAACGAUUUAAUUUUUAAUGGAAUCCUUGUUGCCUAAAACCAAGCUGUGAGAUGCUGGAUUGUUUUUUUUUUUUUUUGCUUUUUGAUGUAGAAUUUUGAGACUGGUAACCUUUUUACUUUAUCCCUCGGAACAUUUCUGAACGUAUCGGAUUUGCUUGUGUUGGGAAUAAGUCCAUCAGCACCUUACUUUUACCAUGUCUACAUGCUAGCCAGGUAUUCGUCCUUAAUUUCCUCUGCCCCAUACUUUACUUAUCGUAUUAUCCACCAGGUAGGUUUGAUUUGUGUCCACUGGGAUGUGUCAGAUAUCGGACUAUGAAAUAAGGUUUGCAGGUUCAACCGCUGGCCAAUUCCUGAGCAGCCUAGCCCAACGGUUUGGGCAAGGGAACUGUUAACUAUCUGGGGAAUAUGUUCUGGAAAGGUAUCUUCUGUUUCUCCUUCUGGCUGGGAAGAAACUGAAAGAGAUUGCGCCAUGAUGUACGACCUGACCAGCUGCACACUUUGGAGAGGUACAGCAAAGAAGCUGAAGACAAUAGGAUUAUAGCAGGUACAUGAACCUCCAGAGGCUCUCAAGUCUGACUAAACCUGAAGCUUCCAGUUGGAGCAGACAUUGGGACUUCCAGAGGCUCUCAAGUAU